GGAUAAUCGUGGCGGAAACGCGCGGGGGGUAGGGCCGGCCGAGCAAGAUGGAACUCUUCCUGAUUCUCGUCUGUCUGAUUGCACCGCCCACCCUCUCGCUCUCGAUCAAGAGCAAGCUGAAUCCACGGAUCGUCCAAACACGGUACGGCGAGGUGCAGGGGGUCGUACGGUCCUUCGAGGACGCGAAAUUCCUCAAGCCAAUCGACGUCUACCUCGGUAUACCGUACGCCACACCGCCGGUGGUCGGUAACAGAUUCUCGCCGACCAGAGCGCCCAGCCCGUGGGAAGGAGUCAGAUUAUCGGACUCGGUCGGUCCAGUUUGCCCCCAAAAGCUGCCCGACAUCUCGAAUGAGCAAGAAGCAUUGGAGCGUAUGCCGAAAGGUCGACUCGAGUACUUGAAGAGACUGCUGCCUCAUCUACGGAAUCAGAGCGAGGAUUGCCUCUACUUGAACAUAUACGCGCCCGCCAUGGGUGAGUAA